AUGUCAAAUAUAAAUGCAAAGCUAAAUAUUGCAUUCAUACAUCCAGACUUGGGGAUCGGAGGAGCAGAAAGAUUAGUUGUAGAUGCUGCAGCUGGUAUUCAAUCCAAGGGACAUCAAGUAGUCAUGUAUACCAGUCAUCAUGAUCCCAAUCAUUGCUUUGAGGAAACUCGAGAUGGUACACUUUCUGUACGCGUUUUUGGUGACUUUUUGCCUCGAGAAGUAUUUGGCAAAUUUUAUAUUAUCUGUGCGAUGCUUAGACAGUUUGCAUUGAUAUUGUGGAUAUUGUGGAACGAUAGAGAUACCUAUGAUGUAUUCUUUGUAGACCAACUGAGCAUGUGCGUUCCUCUCUUGAAGUGGUUUACAUCGUCCAAGGUUUUAUUUUAUUGUCAUUUUCCUGAUAAAAUGCUGUCAGUACGAAACUCUACCCUGAAAGAACUAUAUAGGGCGCCUAUUGAUCUUUUGGAAGAAUGGACGACGAGCAAGGCAGAUACAAUUACAGUAAAUAGUCAAUUUACUGCCACAAUAUUCAGGAAGUCAUUUCGUAGCAUUCUCAAAAAGCCACGCGUACUUUACCCACCUAUCAACUUUGCUCUGUAUGAUCGUCAAGUGGAUAUGUCAGACGUCACGGUCCAGAUCUUGGAAAGUGAUAGGAAAACAUGCCUUUCUAUCAACCGUUUUGAAAGAAAGAAAAAUGUAGAAUUGGCUCUAAGAGCAUUUGCAGCCCUAAGCCAACUUGUUCCUGCACCUGAAUUUGACAAUUAUAGACUUGUACUUGCUGGUGGCUACGAUCGUCGCGUGACAGAAAAUGUUGAAUAUCUAAAAGAUUUGGACAAAUUAGCGAGACAAACCUUUGGCCUCGAGACGUUCAUCAUUUACCCAUCUUGUACAGAAAAACCACCAAGGACUGCUCAAGUUGUCUUUUUGUGUUCAUUCAAUGAUGCUCAGCGCACAUACUUACUAAACUCAUCUGCCAUGCUACUCUAUACGCCUUCCAAUGAACACUUUGGCAUUGUUCCUGUAGAGGCCAUGUAUGCUUCAUUGCCUGUCAUUGCAGCCAACAGUGGUGGGCCUCUCGAAACUGUGAUCGAUCAGAAGACAGGUCUUAUCUUGCCACCUGAGCCUGAGUUGUGGGCCAAGGGCAUGAGUGAUAUUCUGCUAUCGAAGUAUGAUCGACAGGAAAUGGGUCGAGCAGGACAUGACCAUGUGAAAGACAAAUUUUCAUUAGAAGCCUUCACAGACCAACUAGAAGAUAUAUUAGAAGAAUUAGCAAGUGGAGGAAGACCAAGCAAACAUAAAUAUGAUAAUGUAGAAUACAUCAUUAGAAUUAUUAUAGCGAUUGCCAUCUUUAUUGUUUGGUACAAGUACUAA